AUGCUCGAAGAGUAUUCCGUUGCAGAUGUACUACUAAGUGAUGGACGAUAUAGACCUCCUUCCACUAGGGUUGCACGAUAUCAAAUAAUAAUUGCAUCCACAUUGGGGCUAUUUGCCCUAAUGGUAUUCUCCCUACUACGAAUCAAGUACCCCAAGAUAUAUGUGGCGAACCUCAAUCAUACAAACUUCAACUAUUUGCAUUCCAGUUCCAGACGACACCUACCUAAGAUACCAGCAAAGUCAUUAUUUGGAUGGAUACCCAUUGUAUAUAAAAUCAAUGAACUGCAAGUGCUAGAACACGCUGGAUUAGAUGCAGUAGUGUUUCUAGGGUUCUUCAAAAUGUGUAUCAAGAUCUUAACUGUGUGUUUAAUAUUUGCCAUUGUGGUGAUAUCUCCCAUCAGAUAUAAAUUCACGGGCAGAUUAGACCAAGAUUAUCCUGAUGACGAUGACGAUAAUAAUGGAACAACAAUAAAAAUGAUAAAAAGAAUAAUCCUUUUAGGCACUGAGAUUCCCACCGAAGGAGAGGGCGCGACCUACAAGGCAUAUCUUUGGACCUAUACCAUUUUCACCUACGUUUUCACACUAGUCACGGCUUAUUUCCUAUUCAGCCAAACUAACAAGAUUAUCAAUAUGAGACAAAAGUAUUUGGGUGGUCAAAAUUCAAUUACUGAUAGAACAGUAAAAGUUUCAGGAAUACCGGCAUUCCUAAGAGAUGAAGUGACAUUAACGAGACAUAUAGAAGGACUCGGAAUUGGAGAGAUAGAUUCAGUAUUAAUCGUCAGGGAAUGGCAGAAUUUAAAUAAGCUAUGCAAAUUGCGAAAUAGGGUAUUGAGAAAAUUAGAACAAUAUUGGAUUGAAUAUUUUCAUCAAAAUGGAAUAAUGAAUAAAAGUCAAAUACUUUCAGCAAGCUUUCAGCCCCAACCUACUGCUACAUUGGGAUUAGAGAAUGGGUAUCGUGAUGAAGAAGGAGGGGAAGAUGCAACACCAACCAGUUCAAAUGAAGAAGAUAGACAAUCUCAGGCGAGUACAUUGAUGGAUCAAAUAUCGGAGAUUAUUGAAGAUGCAAACCAUCCCUCUUUGGGGUUAGUAGACGAGGCAGUUUCGAGACCAAAAAUCAACAAGGGUUUAUUUGGAAUAUUUGGAGCUAAAGUAGAUGCCAUAAAUUACUAUGCCGAACAGUUAGAAGUUAUAGAUAAAGAAAUUGUCCGAGCAAGAACGAGAGAGUAUCCUGCAACUUCUACGGCAUUCUUGACCAUGAAGUCAGUUGCUCAAGCACAAAUGUUAGCGCAGGCGGUGUUGGAUCCUAAAGUCAAUCACUUGAUUACUAGUCUUGCUCCAGCUCCUCAUGAUAUCAGAUGGGAUAAUCUAUGUUUGACAAGAAAAGAAAGAAAUACUAGAAUAUUUACUGUUACUAUGGCGAUAGGUCUUGUGAGUAUUCUAAUGAUUUACCCAGUUAGAUUCUUGGCCAGUUUUUUAAACAUCAAGAGUAUUUCUAAAAUUUGGCCAUCUUUAGGAAACGCACUAAGAAAAAGCAAAUGGGCUACUACAUUGAUUACCGGUUUAUUACCUACUUAUGUAUUCACGAUAUUUAACAUCAUUAUUCCAUUCUUUUACGUUUGGAUUUCCGGCAAACAAGGAUUCACUUCUCAUAGUGAUGAAGAAUUAGCUUCAGUGGCCAAGAACUUCUUUUACAUCUUUGUCAAUUUAUUCUUGGUGUUUACCACUUUUGGUACUGCUUCAUUGAGUGACACCACUAAGAUCGCCUAUGAGUUGGCACAAUCAUUGCGAGACUUGUCAUUGUUUUACGUUGACUUUAUAAUUCUUCAAGGAUUGGGUAUAUUCCCAUUCAAGUUGCUUUUACUUGGUAACUUGAUUAGAUUUCCUAUAGAGUCACUAUUUUGGUGCAAAACUCCUCGAGAUUAUUUGGCAUUGUACAAACCACCAGUAUUCAAUUUUGGGUUACAAUUGCCACAACCGAUUUUGAUCUUCAUCAUCACAUUAGUUUAUUCCGUCAUGUCGUCAAAAAUCUUGUCUGCAGGGUUGAUAUACUUUAUAAUUGGUUAUUUUGUCAGUAAGUACCAACUAUUGUAUGCAUGUGUCCAUCCACCGCAUUCAACGGGAAAAGUAUGGCCAUUGGCAUUCAGGAGGAUCAUUUUAGGGUUACUUAUAUUUCAAUUGACUAUGGCAGGAGCCUUGGCAUUGCAAGAAGCAUUUACAUGUGCCACAUUCUUGGCUCCAUUGCCUAUUUUGACAUUGUAUUUCCUUUGGAAUUUCCAGUACCAAUAUAUCCCAUUAUCGAUGUUUAUUGCAUUGAGAGCUAUUGAAAAUCAGGAAGUGUCCCCUGAUAAUGAUCUUGAAAAUAAUGGCGGUGAUAAUAAUAAUAAAACGUUGGAUGAAAGACGAGAACUUAAUACCAAGUAUGAAUAUCCUAAUUUGGUACGAGAUUUGGAUGGUCCUUUGAUUGCCAUUGAUGGACAAGAUGUAUUGACGAUUAAUAAGGACGGGCAAACUGUUCGUAAAUUCCAAGAUUUCAGCGAGUGGUAUAGCUAGAACUAGAUUAAUACACGUAUAGUAGUUUGAUAAUUCUUUAAUGAUGUAGUAUCCUAAUGUUGAAUUCUUCUCCAAGUAGUAAUAAAUAGUCGGUGUCUGUUAAAUAAUGUGCCACAAACGAAUGAAUUAACUUUGAUCCGCAUAAUUCGGAUAGUAUAGCGAUUGCCAAUACGAACGUAAUUGUGGUGUAUUUGUAGCUCGUAACAACAUGAAUUGCUUCUAUCAAAUUGACAAAACAAAUCACAUCAAACCAGGGACGAGAAAUGAAUGUUUGAUCAUAGGGCCAAAUAAGCAUCAAUAUUGGAAAUAGCUUGAUUGAAUUAGCCAUCAUGACAGCAAUGAUCAACACUGUAUUGGAAUAUCCAAACUGAAGAUUUUUCGGCACGUUUGUGUUAAUGUUUGUGCUGCCCCACCCACAGACCCAACGAAACAAACUAAGAAUGACGAUAUUGAAAAUCAACUUUUCCACUAGCAGCUUGGAUAUAAAAUAAACGUACUGGAUCAACACUGGCUGUUCUAGUAUCGCUGUUAUUGCCAUCAGAUGAUCUGGUUUCUUUUCUUCUUUGGCCCACAUCAAGUACACCUCAAACAAAACAAUAACAAACAUAACCUUCAUCAAUUGUUUGUACUUGUUAAAAAUUCCAACCAUUCUGCCAUUGAAACGUUGCUUCAGUUGUUUGAGCAACUCAAUUUCGGUCAAAUUGAACGCUAGGUGGCGGUAUGCUUGUUUCUUCAACAAGAGUAUGUCCAAGAACAAAAUCACCAGGUCAUAUUCGAUGUAUUUGUCAGCAAUCUGUCCACAGUAGGGACACACGGUCAACUUAAUGUAUUCACUCUUGUAACGGGAGAACAAGCAUUUUAUAUCUGGAUUUCCACAUUCUAUGCAAAUCAUGGUUAUAGUUAACACGUAAAAUUUAUUCAUUAAAAAAAAAUCUAAUUAUACAAAACUAAAAUUUAAUUACACAAUUGUGCUGGGGGUGGAGCAUCAGGUAUUCUACCCAAACUAAAUUGUGGUGAUCGGAAUGCCUCAAUCACAGAAGGAUCAAGAUCUUCUAACUCUUCAGUGGAAAGAUCUGAACUAGGUAUAGUGGAAGCUGUGGUUGCUGAUCCAAAUGGAUUCUGGACAGUGCUGCCAAAUACAUUGGCAGAACUUUGUACCGAUGCCGAUUGUGCUGAUUGUCCAAACGGUGAAUUGGAUGCUCCUAUUGUAGAUGUGUUUCCAAAUCCAGAAUUUUGAGUUAUAGUUCCAAAUGGAGAUGAUGAUGAGCCAAAUACAGAUGUAGUUGUAGGUUUAAUAGUUCCGAUUGGCAGUCCACCCAGUUGUGCUGAACCAAAUGGAGAGGCAUUUUCUGGUUUUGAUUGGUUUGUAGAUCCAAAAGCAGAUGUCGGCUGAGUUAUAGAUGAUCCAAAUGCAGAUGUUGUUUGAUUUGCAGACAAUGUGCCAAAAGGAGAUGCUUGGUUAGUUGAUCCAAAAGCCAGAGGCGGGUUUGAUCCAAAUGCAGACGUGUUUGUUGUUGUUGCUGCUGUUGUUGAUUUUGGAGCAAAUGGAUUAGCAGCGGUACUUGUACCAAAUGUCGAGGUUCCUUGGCCAAUACUACCAAAAGGUGAUGAUUUAUUGUCUGAUUGUGAUGCAAAUGCCGAAAAUGCCAGUGGCUUGGAAGAACUCAGUAAACUAGAAGAUCCAAACCCCAGUGUAGUACUUGUUCCAAAUCCAGCAGAUGCUGGUUUGCUCAUGGAAGCACCACCAAAUCCGGAAUUGGCAAAUGGUGAACUAUUAGAUGUAUUGCCAAAUGAUGAACUACCAAAACCAGUACUGCCAAAUCCAGAUGCUCCUGCAUUUCCACCACCAAAGCUAGAAGUUCCAAAUCCUGACGAUGAAGCAGCUGGCUUAGAAAGCCCGGCACUGCCAAAACCAGGAUUUCCAAAUUGAGAUUGCCCACUUGAUUGAGCUGCUCCAAACCCAGGUGCUCCAAAUCCAGAACUUGUUGUUGAAGACUGGGCAAAUGGAUUACUUGCUUGUGAUCCAAACCCCCCUCCCGUACUCAGUUUGCCAAAGCUCAGUGUUCCGAAAGCAUUACCUCCUUGGUUUCCAAACAUUUCUGUCUAUAAUUUACUAGGGUUGAUUCAGUUGUUGCUGUGGUGUUGCUUACUUUUCACAUUUGAUGUCUUGUCCUGCAUACUAAAUUUCAGUUUUCAUUUCUCGCGCUACCACAUCUAAAAUCGUUGGCAAAAACUUCGAUUUACACUGAUAAAGGAAUACGUUGGUAUUUGACAUGAUGUUUCUAUAAUAUAUAUAUAUAUAAAGCUAAUACUUGAUCUCAUCUCAUUAACUUUUGACAUUCGUUGGUUAUGACACGAAUGUUUUCAUUACUUUUAGCAAACGCCUUUUUAUAAACUUCCUUCACUUGAGCAAAUACUUCAGCUUUGAUUUUAGUGCCAUUGACAAUAUCUUGAAGUGAUUUUUCAAGCUCUCUUCUCAAGAACGGUUUAGAAAGUGAUAUAUUCUCAAAUUCCAACUUAUCAAAUCCUUCAAUUAGACCCAUACCUAAUUUCGAGGGCACAAUAUACUCAUUCUUACCUACUUUCUGUUUGGCUAUGUAUCUACGAGUCAAUAUCUUUUCAAUAUGUUCAGCAAUAGUGGCGUCAGUGCCAAUUCCAUUGGCAUCCAUAAGGGCAAUUAGUUCUGAUUCGGUCAUAUGGUUAGGUGGAGCAGUCUUUCCUUCUUUCAUUUUACCACUGGAAAUCUUGAUUUGUUCUCCUUCAGUGAAACUAGGCAAUUGUUUACUACUUUCCCAUUUCUUGUAUAUGAAUACAUCCAAGUAGUUUCUUUCCAACACCAUUAGUCCACUAGCAGUGAACAAUUCAUCUCCCCAUUUUAGGGUAGCCGUAGUCAGCAUACCCACAGCAUCCUUUGAACAACAGGCAAGGAAGCGUCGUACCACAUAUUCAUAAACUUUCCUUUG